AUGGAGUACCCAAAAAAAACACCCAACGGUCAACGAUUCGAUGUUGAUGUGAACAAAAACCCACUGCGAGUACAGUUGGUCGCCCCACCUAAACCCGUGACCCCGGAUGCGGAUUCAUAUGACCAGCGCUUCUCUUCUCUCCCGGACCCUGCCGAUGAACAUCUUGAACGCCACUCCUCCAAACCAGACCACCACCAAUUUAUCAACGCACUAGACACCAUGAGACCAACAAUCAUGAGAGCAGCUGCUCAAGCAGCCAAGGCAGCCAAGGGCGCUGAAACCGACGUCCUUAAAAAGGGAGCAAAGCGGGAUCCCGAACUCUUCAUCCUCGGUGGCAUCAUGACUGGAGCUUUGGGUCUUGCUGGAUACUACUUUGGCCGCAAGCCAACAUCCUCGACCUCCGAAGCGAAAGUGAGCAUUGCCGAGGGAAGCAUGCCAUGGCAGCAAGAAGUGACCGAGGGAGACAAGGCGAGAGGCGAGUACAAGUACAAAUACCACCCCGGUGCAGACCCAAAGAAUCCUCCUAAGGACGCCCCGAGUGCUCUGCACAGCGUCAUUGUCCCCAACGUCAACUUGCCCAAGGUGCUGCAUGACAAGUACAACAAAUGGGGCAAGGACGAAUUCUAG